AUGGCGGAGCGGAGGAUCUCCUAUGCUCCCGACGUCGAGAACGGCGACCGUCACCGCGAGGCCGGUGACAUCAACGACGGCAACCUCGAUGAGUACUCGGCUCUGAACCGCUACAUCUCGACCGCCCGUGAUGGCCGUCGUGGUUCCACCUCGAGCGCUGGUGCCCUCAGCGGUGCUGGUGGCGAGAAGCGCCCCUGGUACAAGUUCUGGGGCAAGAAGGGCGACGGUGUUGAGGAUGGCUUUGUCUGCCCGGAUGAGUGGCUCGAGACCUCGCUGCGCCAGGGUCUGAGCAACUCCGACAUCGAGCCUCGCCGCAAGCGCACGGGCUGGAACGAGCUGGUGACGGAGAAGACCAACAUCUUCAUCCAGUUCAUCGGUUACUUCCGUGGUCCCAUUCUGUAUGUCAUGGAAUUGGCUGUUCUACUCGCUGCUGGUCUGCGUGACUGGAUUGAUUUGGGUGUCAUCUGCGGUAUCCUGUUGCUGAACGCCCUGGUCGGUUGGUACCAGGAGAAGCAGGCCGCCGACGUGGUGGCUUCGCUUAAGGGUGAUAUCGCCAUGCGCGCUAUCGUUGUCCGUAACGGUCAGGAGGAGGAGAUCCUGGCCCGUGAACUGGUUGUUGGUGAUAUUGUCAUUCUUGAGGAAGGCCAGGUCGUCCCGGCUGAUGUCCGCCUGAUCUGUGACUACUCCAAGCCCGAGAACUACGAGACCUACAAGGAGUACCUUGCCAACGCCAACGAUGACACCCUCAAGGAGAAGGGUGAGGAUGACGACGAUGAGGAUGCCCGCGAGGUCCACCAGGGUGUCUCCCUCGUUGCCGCUGACCAGUCUGCCAUCACCGGUGAAUCGCUCGCUGUCGACAAGUACAUGGCUGAUACCUGCUACUACACCACUGGUUGCAAGCGUGGCAAGGCCUACGGUAUUGUCACCGCCACUGCCCGCUUCUCGUUCGUUGGUAAGACCGCCGCUCUGGUCCAGGGCGCCAAGGACCAGGGUCACUUCAAGGCUGUCAUGGACAACAUCGGUACCUCGCUCCUCGUUCUGGUCAUGUUCUGGAUUCUCGCUGCCUGGAUUGGUGGUUUCUUCCGUCACCUGAAGAUCGCCACCCCUGAGAACAGCGACAACAACUUGCUCCACUACACUCUGAUUCUCCUGAUCAUCGGUGUCCCCGUCGGUCUGCCUGUCGUCACCACCACCACCCUGGCUGUCGGUGCCGCCUACCUGGCUGAGCAGAAGGCUAUUGUCCAGAAGCUCACCGCCAUUGAGUCCCUCGCUGGUGUCGACAUUCUGUGCUCUGACAAGACCGGUACCCUGACUGCCAACCAGCUGUCCAUCCGUGAGCCUUACUGCGCCGAGGGCGUUGAUGUCAACUGGAUGAUGGCUGUCGCCGCCAUUGCCUCGUCCCACAACGUCAAGAACCUGGACCCCAUUGACAAGGUCACCGUCCUGACUCUCCGUCGCUACCCCAAGGCCCGUGAGAUUCUCUCGCGUAACUGGGUUACCGAGAAGUACACUCCUUUCGACCCCGUCUCCAAGCGUAUCACCACUGUCUGCACCUGCGACGGUGUCCGCUACACUUGCGCCAAGGGUGCCCCCAAGGCUAUCCUGAACCUGUCUGAAUGCACCGAGGAGGAGGCUAAGCACUACCGUGACAAGGCCAGCGAGUUCGCUCGCCGUGGUUUCCGUUCGCUCGGUGUUGCCGUCCAGAAGGAGGGUGAGCCGUGGCAGCUGCUGGGCAUGUACCCCAUGUUCGACCCCCUCAUGUUGACUGGUGACGCCAUCGCUAUCGCCAAGGAGACUUGCAAGAUGCUGGCCCUCGGUACCAAGGUCUACAACUCUGAGCGCCUCAUCCACGGUGGUCUGGCUGGCUCCGCCCAGCACGACCUGGUCGAGAAGGCUGAUGGUUUCGCUGAGGUCUUCCCCGAGCACAAGUACCAGGUCGUGGAGAUGCUCCAGCAGCGUGGCCACUUGACUGCCAUGACUGGUGAUGGUGUUAACGACGCUCCCUCCCUGAAGAAGGCCGACUGCGGUAUUGCCGUCGAGGGCUCCACCGAGGCCGCUCAAGCCGCUGCCGAUAUCGUCUUCCUGGCCCCCGGUCUGUCGACCAUCGUCGAUGCCAUCAAGCUGGCCCGUCAGAUCUUCCAGCGCAUGAAGGCUUACAUCCAGUACCGUAUCGCCCUGUGCCUGCACCUCGAGAUCUACCUGGUCACCUCGAUGAUCAUCAUCGACGAGACCGUCCGCUCCGAGCUGAUCGUCUUCAUUGCCCUGUUCGCUGAUCUUGCCACCAUCGCCGUCGCCUACGACAACGCUCACUUCGAGGCCCGCCCCGUCGAGUGGCAGCUGCCCAAGAUCUGGGUCAUCUCCAUCGUCCUGGGUAUCUUGCUCGCUGCCGCCACCUGGAUCAUCCGUGCCACUAUGUUCCUGGAGAAUGGUGGUAUCAUCGAGAACUUCGGUUCGCCCCAACCUAUUCUGUUCCUCGAGAUCGCCCUUACUGAGAACUGGCUCAUCUUCGUCACCCGUGGCGGUAAGACCUGGCCCUCGUGGCAGCUGGUUGGUGCCAUCUUCGUGGUCGAUGUCCUGGCCACCCUGUUCUGUCUCUUCGGCUGGCUCGCCGGCGGCGAGUUUGAGCAGACCCACCCCAAGGAUCCUGCUGGCCCGAUGUUCUCGAAGAACGCCAAUACCUCCAUUGUCACCGUCGUUGUUAUCUGGGGUUACUCCAUUGGUGUGACCGUCAUCAUCGCCGUGGUCUACUACAUCCUGUCCAUCAUCCCGGCUCUGGACAACCUUGGCCGCAAGACCCGCUCCAAGGCUGACACCCAGAUCGAGAACAUGAUCGCCCACCUGUCCAAGCUGGCCAUCGAGCACGAGCUGCUGGAGGAUGGCAAGUCCCAGUACACCCUCGGCGCCCGCGCCGUGGAUGUCGAGGACGACGAGUAG